CAAACCGCACGCGCAAAUUCCACCUUGUUCUGACCUUUCCUCUCUGUACUGCACUGUGUUUAACUUGCAGUACUGUGCUUCAUUCCACAGGCCUGCAGCAGGCAAUGAAGACGCCCUGGGCGCCUUCCCGAGACCUGCUCCGCUUCCUGCGUACUCAGGCAAAUUCAGUCUUCAUCACUCCCGUCGCGCCAACACGGCCUCCCCAUUCCCGGGCCUUGUCCACCUCUUCCUCGCGAUGCUCUCGCUUGCAGACAUCUUCGGUUGACGAUAUAUGGCAGCGUCAACGCGAUCCUUGUAAAGCCCUACCUGCACCAAGAUGCGCUCCCCCGGGUCCUCUGCAAUCUCGAAAUGCCAGCUCUGGCAGCCACAGCCCAGGGUUCUGGUUACGCUGGUUCCGUCGGAGGCAAGCGGCCGUGAGAUCGAAAUUACCACCAGACCCUCCAGGAAACAGUUCAAACUACGACGAGACCUCAGCUCAACUCUUCAAUCUUUCACGAGCCUUGUCCAGAAACCAAACCGGGGCAGAUCUGAAACUGCGAUGCACCGAAUUCGAUGCGAAUGGUUCUGUCACUAUGGUCGCGGGAGAAUUCAGGAAAUCUGAGCUAAUCGCAAAAUACGGCCUCUUGCCUCGCGAUCUUCGCAAGAUUGACUCGUCCGUCCUCCCACACAUCCUUGUUCGCCCUACCGCAAUACUCAUAAACCUUCUACAUCUUCGAGUCUUGAUCCAGUCCGAUCGUGUUCUUGUCUUCGACGCAUAUGGCAGCACAGACUCAUAUACCCAGUCGUUGUUCAUGUAUGACCUGGAAGGCAAAUUGAGACAAAAGGCGGAUCCCAGAAAUGGGUCUACGUACCUUCCCUACGAGUUCAGAGCUCUGGAAGCGGUGCUCAUAUCCGUCACUUCGGGCCUCGAAGCUGAGUUCGCUCUGGUCCGUGAUCCCGUGGUUCAUAUUCUACGCGAGCUUGAAGAAGACAUCGAUCGAGAUAAACUGAGACACUUGCUCAUUCAUUCCAAAAAGCUGGGUACUUUUGAGCAAAAGGCCAGGCUUGUGCGAGAUGCAAUUGAUGAUCUUCUGGAAGCAGAUGACGAUCUCUCGGCUAUGUACUUGACGGAGCGGAAAGCUUCCAAGACUUCUCGGCCGGAGCAUGACCAUCAAGAGGUGGAAAUGCUGUUGGAAUCUUACCAUAAAAUCUGUGACGAGAUUGUCGAGAUUUCUGGUAAUUUGAUCAACAACAUCCGCAAUACAGAAGAGGUUGUCAAAGCGAUCCUCGAUGCAAAUCGUAAUCAGCUCAUGCUGCUCGAGAUCAAGUUCAGCGUCGGCACUCUGGGAUUGGCCGGUGGUACACUGAUUGCUGGACUCUAUGGCAUGAACCUGAACAACUUCAUUGAAGAGACCGAUUGGGGGUUCGGGACAGUCAGUGUGGUGUGCUUUGCCCUGUCCGCUGUCAUUUGCGUCUAUGGAAUGCGCAAGCUCCGAAAGGUGCAGAAAGUCCGCAUGUGGGGCGAAGGAUUGGACACAAUGGGCCAUCGUGCUCGCAUUGGUAGUCGUGGCAAUUGGCAUAACGAAGCCUUCGAAAGUCAAGCCCAUCGCGCCGGCAGGUUGAAAGGGGGUGGCAUCAACCUCGGUGGCAAACAAUCCGGUCCCGUCUACUGGCCAGGCAUGGAAGGACUGGGCGCACACCGGCUACAUGCUACAGGGACGAACCCUUUCGGAUCCGGAGAUGCCGCCGACACCACCGGCACGAGCCAUGAGCCUCAAAUGACGAUUCAGGAUGAUGUGGAAGACGUCGAGGCAAAAUGGAGGGAAGAUUCGAAGAAGCAGAAAGGUUUAAUGACGAAGGAUCAUCACCAUCCCACGACUCACCACACACCCGGAAAGAAAUAGACCUCUGUUGGUCCUUUCUUUCGUACUUCGUACACAAGAGGCGUUCUUCUGACAUCUGAGGAUCCUUGCCCACGGGACGAAUACUCACACGACACGAGAACGGCGAAUGGCAAACGAGUGAUUCCUCCAUCCCCUGCUCUUGUACAUUCGAUGCACUUUUUUCUCCCCUCUUGAGCGUUUUUAGCGUUUUUGUGACGAGAUGAUGGGGUUCUGUGGAAGGGGGCUAGCAUUUGGACUCUUGUACAUUUUUUUUAUUCCAAAGAGUCAUGCCUUUGCCAUCAAAAGGCAGGUCAGAUACGGAGCACCAUUUGACUCGCUCCCAUACACAGACUGUGUACUCACACAUGUACAUAGAUAUACCACCACCACCAACUUGAUGCAAAAGUCUUGCUGGCGUUGUCUAUAUCGCCACUCGAGACUCUCUCUUUCACCCCGCUCUCUUUAUCAGAGGCUUUUACAUACUCGGCACCCGUUGACGGUAGAUAUAUAUCUAGUACAGUGAAACAAAGCAAUUUACGGAGUACACUUUUCCCUUGAAUUAUCCUUCUACAAAACAAAAAGCGGAAG